UUGGCUGGGGGCUGGAUGUGCGCCCCCGCGGGUUCCCGGGAAUCUGGGAGCGGCCGCUGAGCCGCGGCGCGGGCGGAAAGUUUGUCUUCGCCCCGUGCAGCCUCACCCCGCAGGGCCGCCCAGGGGCGUCCUCCAUGAUCACCCGCGUCUUCAGCGUGCGCGUGUGGGCCCCGGUGGGCGUCUUGACUUCGCUGGCGUACUGCGUCCACCAGCGGCGGGUGGCCCGGGCCGAGACCCCUGGGGCGCCUGGCCAGCGUCCCGUCGACCGGAGUCUGCUGGAGUUGAAAAUGGUGCAGGUCGUGUUCCGACACGGGGCGCGGAGUCCUCUCAAGCCGCUCCCGCGGGAGCAGGCAGAGUGGAAUCUCCAGCUAUUAGACGUCCCACCCCAAACUCAGUUUGAUUACACUGUCACCAAUCUAGCUGGUGGCCUGAAACCACAUUCUCCUUUCGACUCUCAGUACCGUAAGACCGUACUCAAGGGAGGCAUGUUUGCUGGACAGCUGACUAAUGUGGGCAUGCAGCAGAUGUUUGCUCUAGGACAGAGGCUGAGGAAGAGCUAUGUGGAGGAUAUCCCCUUUCUUUCACCAACCUUCAAUCCACUGGAGGUCUUUGUUCGUUCCACUAAUAUAUAUCGGAAUCUGGAGUCUACCCGAUGUUUGCUGGCUGGGCUUUUCCAAAGUCAGAAAGAAGGACCCAUCGUCAUCCACACUGAUGAAGCAAGCUCUGAAGUCUUGUACCCCAACUACCAGAACUGCUGGAGCCUGCAGGAGAGAACCAGAGGCCGGAGGCAGGCUGCCUGUUUGCAGCCAGGAAUCUCCGAGGAUUUGCAAAAGGUGAAGGAAGGGAUGGGCAUUGCCAGUAAUGACGGAGUAGACUUCCUCAGCCUCUUUGACAAUGUGGCUGCUGAGCAGGUGCACAGCCUCCCAAGCUGCCCCACACUGAGGAGAUUUGCACAGAUGAUUGAGCAGAGAGCUGUGGACACAGCCUUGUAUGUUAUGCAGAGGGAAGACAGGGAGAGCCUUCAGAUGGCAGUUGGCCCAUUCCUCCACAUCCUGGACAGCAACCUGCGGAAAGUCAUGGACCCUGCCACUGCACCAGGCAAGACCAGUGCCUGGAACCUGGCUGGGGGCACAGAUUGGGAAUGUGACGUGUCCUGGGCAUUUGCUGAACAGAGUGUGAUCUGCAGGUGAACAGCUUCACCGCUACUGGGGGAGCUUCUAGAUUUGGACUGACCUAUUGAAUCAGGAUCUGCAUUUUAACAAGAUCCCCAGGGGUUUAUGCACACACUGCUGUUGAAGCGCUGUUGUAGGCGGCCUUCUUUAGAGAGAUUGUACAUAGCUAGAAAUUCACGAACGUGGGAACAGUAGGGGACAGUGAGGUGACAUAGGAACAUUCAGGAACUUUGGGCCAGAUUUAUAAUAGCAGAUCAUACCAGUGCCCUUCCCUGUCCUUCACAGCACCUGCAGUGACAGUACAUUUCUCACUGGCCCUGGCCACCUUGCCCCCCUUGACUUUGUAUCUGUAGAAUACUACAGGGUCCAGUGUUAGUCUUCUAGUUUAAGAGUCAACACAUAGGGGCGCCUGGGUGGCUCAGUCUGUUGAGCAUCUGACUCUUGGUUUUGGCUCAGGUCAUGAUCUCACAGUUCCUGAGUUUGAGCCCCACGACGGGCUCCAUGCUGACAGAGCAGAGCCUGUCUAGGAUUCUCUCUCCUUCUCUGCCCCUCCCCUGCUCACACAUGUGUGCGCGCUCUCUCUCGAAAUAAACUAAAAAAAAAAAAAAAGUCAACACAUGAAAUCCUUGAUUUUUAAAGAGAUAGAUACAGGGGAUGGGCAGAUAAAGAUAAAAAUGGCACCUUUCUUACUGAUUAAAGCCCUUUGGAGAAUAUAUUGAAGGCCAAACAGGCUUAUUAAUAUUCCUUUGAAAUGAACUUAAUUCCCCCGAACUGCAAGCCUCCCCAGCAAGGAGGAGCAUGCUGUACUACACUCAUCACACAGCUGAGAGCAGGAGGGACAUUUGCCACAGGCAGGCAGGUCCCAAGGGGAGAAGAGAGGUAGGACCAAGCGACCCAUGCUCGGUUUCUACUUCAAAACUUCACCAGGGGAGGAGUGAGUGGGUGGGUGGGCAAGCAGGUGGGCAGGAAGGGAAAGGCCAGCUAUCCCAGUGGGGAUCCCUCCUCAUGAAAAUAUGAGAGUGGCAUCAGGGUUCCCCCAGCAUCUACUUCAAAGCAGUUUUCCAUCAGGCUCACUGAUAAGUGUCAAAGGAGGCAGACAUCAUCCUGGUCUUCUGAGUCCUGAGGGAAAGGCCUAUAGAGAACUGUUU